AUGUUGGGCACACGUACGAAGCAGAUCAACGCCUAUGGAAAGCGGAGCCGGAGGAUUAUAGAUGUCACCUCUGACAGUACUCGGACUGCAUCAAGCACAGAGAUCAUCAGCAUCUUUGAUGACAUGCCUCCUGCUCCGACCUGGUCCUCUGUCGCGUCCAAGAUGAAGAAGCGAGAGAACACCGUACCUGCCAAAACCAAGGCCACAUCUCCCAAGGUCGUCGGACUCCAGAAGAAAAAGCGUCUCUCACCUGUCCUGUCGCCCAUGAAGAAGAAGCAAGCGGCGCGACUGACUCAAGUGAAAACAGCAGAUAAUCCAACCGAAGACUCACCGGCUGCGCUCUUAAAGGCGAAGGCGAAACCAUUACCAGGAUCAAGAAAUCCGAGCGACCCCAUCGUGGUCUCCGCAUCUCCUUCCCGGGCCCCUCUAUCUGCUGUACCCCUCAACAUCCCUGGUUCACCUGCUCUUGCCCACAAGCCGGGUCUCGCACCAAGCAAAACACCUCUAAAGUUGAAGAAGCCAUUCUCUCCGUUUGUGGAUGUGGACAUCAUCGUAUUGGAUGACAAUGGCCACACACUACACAAAGAAAGAAGAGUCUCGAAGACAAGCCUGGAUCAGACCAAUGCUGACCGAAGCAGCAAAGGCAAUAGCAAAGCAGAACCUGUUCCUCCAGCAGAUUCUGGCAACGAAGCUGAAUCUGCUCCUCAGCCCAGGAGGCCGAAGCGGCAAGGAACUCGCAAGAUUAUCAUUAUGUCCGAUGAUUCAGAUUCGGAUAUCGACUUUGCACCGCUGUCACCACAACCCGUCAAGGCGUCUCAUCCGAAGAACCCUCCGUCUCAGUCAUCCAGGACAAAAUAUAGGGUCGAGGUCGUUAUUCCUCCUGCUCCGUACAAACUACCGCAUGUAACACCUCAGGAGCCUUCAGAUACCCCCGGCGACCUUCUUGAAGUGCAUACAUCCACUUCAAAUCGUCCACAAUACCAGGGACAAACGUUGCACCACAUUAUGCCGUCACCCCCUUUGAAACCCCGUCAACUCACCCCCAUUAAAGGAGGACGCAAACGCCUUUUCGAACCACCGUCUCCUCCGUCUCCGACGACCCCAACAGACUUUGACCUUUCCAUUGAUUUCUCGGAACUCAGUCUUGGGUUCAACUCACAGAUCCCAGAUUUUGAGGUUCCAGACUAUCUUCGACCUUUGUUGGAAGAAUGCCACCAGGAUAUCUGCGGACCUCACAAUUUCUCGACAUUCAUCGAGUCUUUCCCUUGCGACCCUAUCUUGCAAGAUGCUCGCGAAAAGGGGAUAGUGAACAUGAAUUUCAGGAAGAUAGGCGAAGCCAGCUACUCGGAAGUAUUUGGAAUUGGUGAUGUCGUGCUGAAGGUCAUACCCCUCAGAGAUCAAUCUCGGAUAAGUGCAGAGCAAGAUGGCCCUGCCCCAUCGGAUGCCAAAGAUGUGCGGAAAGAGAUCAUCGUCACACGAGCCAUGGGAGAGGUUUACGGAGGCUUCGUCAAGCUGCUGAAGGCUUAUGUUGUCCGAGGUAGGUACCCUGAAGUUUUGCUUCAGCUCUGGGAUGAAUACAAUGAGCGAAAGGGAUCCGAAAGUGUGCGCCCAGAUACGUUCAAGUUGUCGCAAGUGUAUGCAAUCAUCGUCCUUCCUAAUGGAGGCCCUGAUCUGGAAGCAUACACUUUUCACAAUGCAAGUCGCUCUGGGUGGAGGCAAGCCUGCAGCCUGUUCUGGCAGGUCGCGAAAGCCCUUGCCCAUGCCGAACACCUCGUCUCCUUCGAGCAUCGCGAUCUCCAUUGGGGCCAGAUUCUCGUGAAAACCGUUGCAACCCAAGGAAGCGCUUUGAAGUCUCUGAACACGAACCAGAAGCUCAAGUCAAAAUCCCACCGCGUGUUCAUGGAUGACUUAUCGCAUGGUGUUCAAACUACUAUCAUCGAUCUUGGACUCUCUAGGAUGGACGCUGGUGACGGCAGCGAUGGAGCACGAGUUCAUUGGACCCCAUUUGAUGAAGAGGUAUUUAUGGGUGAAGGUGAUUAUCAGUUCGACGUGUAUCGGAUGAUGAGGGGUCUGACCGGCGGGGAUUGGGAAUCCUUCCAUCCUGUCACGAACGUUCUUUGGCUGCACUAUCUCCUCCAGAAGCUGCUCUAUUCGAAGGGCCUGAAACCUCCUACAGCACCACGGAAAACGAAAGCGACCCUGGAAGCUGCGGCAAUACCCGCAGUUGAAGUGGCUUUCAGCGAAAAGGACUGUUACGUUUGUCUGGUCGACGUCGAGAAAUGGCUGAGUAAAAGUAUCUCGGAGGUAGUCCCAGGAGUUGCGAAACCUAAAGGCAGAGGUAGACCGAAGAUGCAAGCACCUGUCAAGCCUGUGGCAUCUUCCGGCGCUGCUCGAGCAGGAGAGAUUGUGGCUUAUGGCGUGAAGAAGGGCUGGAUCCAGACGAUGCCUUUGUUUUAG